AUGGCGUCGAGUUGGCCUGUUGAGGAGUCGGACUAUAAUGAUUCUUCAACAGUCUCGGUCAACAUUGAGAGUCUUAUAAAUGGCCAACAAACGAAUCUAAACGCCGAGCCAUGUUCUUCACAACAGUAUGCUAGUAGCCAACUCAUCGAAGACGAAACUUUAGAAGGUGGAAGCCCGUCCUUAACGGUCUUAAAACUUUUUUCACUCCCAGAUGUUUUCCAGUCUUCUAUGGAUGUUUCUCAGCAGAUUGGAUAUUGUCCUAGUCUUAAACAAGUUCCAACACCCCAAGAACAACUCCAUCAGCCAAAGGAGAAAGAUGAGAUUACCCGCUCUACGCUUGAUGGUGAAAGUGGUAAUAAAGAAUCUGUCCAAGAACGGAAAAGUAUUCGUAAACGAUUUAAGAAGCGAUCCUAUUCUCCUGAAUCUGGUGCCAGUCAAGCUAGUAAGCUUGGAUCCACGAGUAAAAAAAAUCGUAGGAAAAAGAAAUACCCUCGGACAUCAGCCUUUGUUAAUCCAGACCGUCCAUAUGACACGCUGCCAAACGGUAGUCAAUUUCAGUGUGAUCUUUGCAAGUGCCCUUAUAUCUGCAAUCCUCUUUUGAAAAAAGUCUCCAAAUUGAAGAAGACUAAACAGGUGGCAGCAAGUCCUCGUCACAAAAUAGAUCCAGUCACAGAAAAUAAACUUACAUUAUGCAAUGCCUGUGGCUUGUCCUUUGACCGUCCUCGUAAAACUAAAAAGACACCUGUGGUACCAAGUGCAGAAGAAAAGAAUAAAUACUUUCAGGAAUCACAAGCAUUUGCUUCUGCUUUGGCUGUCAAAAUGGAAGAUCCAAUCGCUGAGAAGCUUUGGUGUCCCAACUUCAAAUCUCGGCCCUGUGGCUGUCUGCAAGAAUAUUUAUCUGCAAAUGGAGACCAAGAAGAAAUGAAGCAAAGAGCUCAGCAACUCUUGGAGAUCAUGAAGAGUGCCAAGAAACUCAGCAGGCAAAAAUGCUACAAUGUAAAUGAACUUGAAGCUGAAACGGAAAAAAGGACAAAACGAUUUCGAAACAUUGGCUUGGGAAAUGGACAAAAGCGAUCAAAAGCUUUUGAAGAAUUUGUGAUGCUCAACCGAUCUCAAUUGAGGAAUAAAUUGCAACUUUGUGAACGAGCGACCCAAAGAAUUCUUGUUUAUUCUAAUAACUUUCUCCACAAGAAACUCAAAACUGAAGAGCGAGAGUGCCGAGCUACACGUGUGAAAGGUAAAGCUGCUUUGGGAUUACUUCCAGAUCUUAGUCAACUCUGCAAUAUGAGAUGUUGUGGUGAUAUGUGUGUUAUGAUGGUUCUGACACAUUUUAAAUUGUUAAAUAAAUGGAGAGAACGUGCCAUUUCUGGUCAAAUGGAAGCACGGAGAGUAUUGGCAGAGAUGCUGACUCCUUCAGGUGGUGUUCGUAGUAACUGCUACAAGUUUAUAUCGUGGGUGACAGGUUGUAGCCACAGCACCAUAGGACGUGUGAAUGAACAAAUGCAGCAGACUGGAGGUGAUAGAGAACCUCCUGUUCAUGGGCUGAAAAAAUACUGGAAGGAGAAUCCACAUUUGAAAGCAAAACAGAAAAACUCUGUAGGCACACACAACGCACAGUUAACAGAUGAAAUGGAAGUAACUCUUGAUUCACAACAAACACCACAAACAAGUCACCCUCCAACAACACAGCAACAACAAACUGUGACCACUGCAACUGGAUCAAAAGCAGUGAACACAUCGAACUCAACGAUAACAACAGUCACGAAUGUUCCUGUAGAAACUUUAAAUCAACUUUUGGUUGAAAGACAACUGCUUCAACAACAACUGAUGCAACAGACAAUCAUACAACAACUUUAUCAACAAGAAUCAAGUCAAAAUCCUGCAACCAUUCAACAGUUAUUGUUGAAACUAAUAGAAAACAGCCACGUGAGUCAGCAGAACAAUACUGUUUCUGGUUCAGAGUCUACACCAGUCUAUACCAACUGUUUUCUGCGGACACAGCCUCUGGUCUCCCCUACAGGUUCACAAGUUUUGCCUACAGCAUCUGACACCAGUACACCAACAAUGAUGCAUUUUUUUCAGUUUUUCUUGCGUUCUUCACUCUGCAUCAUUAUUUUUUUUAUUUCUUGUUGCCCUGUCUUGAGCAAUCUCUAUAAUAUUUUUGCUGCAUUAUUGGAUGUAUCUAUCCAAAUCUGUUUUGGUCAUUUGACUACAGUCAUUGAUGCUGAUGCAUCCUUUGCCACCCUCUUUCCUUUUUAG